AUGAAUUGUACCUGGACAAAUCCUGUUCCUUAUGCAGAAUAUGUUCCAAGAGAUACAUUUUUUCUCAUAAAGGAAGGGGAGCUAAGCAAGUAAGUUCACAGAGAAUCCUGAGUUGUUAUCUUUGUUAAUGUUUAUAAAGUAAAGUUAAAAUAAAUAACAUAAUUAUUGCUUUCUAGUUUUACUAUAAAAACAUAUAUUUAGUGCUUUCUAGUUUUACUAUAACUUACAUAUAUUUAGUGAUUUCUAGUUUUAAUAUCAUUAACAUAUAUUUAUUGCUUUCUAGUUUUGUUAUAAUUAAAAAUAUUUUUAAUAAUUUCUAGUUUUAUGUUAAAAAUAUUUAGUGAUUUCUAGUUUUCCUAUUUUAUAAAAAAAAAUUAUUGGAACAUCUAUGUUCUUGGGUGAGAGUGGUCUGAUCAGCUGAAGCUUUACAAUUGAAAUAAAAAUUUACUAAUUCAUGGUUAUUUUCAGAAUUUUUGGUUAAAUUCAAAUAUUUCAUUUCUCUUGUUACACAAAUGAAAAAAAACCUUAAUUUCUCUGCAAGAAUUUAUACCAGUAAUUAUAUUGAUAGACUUCAAUAUUUUCCAUCAAAGUAUUUAUAGCAGCUAAAGUUGCUUACCUUCAGACUGUUCUUCCUCUCCAGUGUAACGCUGUGUCCACAGAAUGAUUCUGUGUCAUGUGUGUGGCCAAAAGAUCAUUUCCAACUGAAAGACACGUAUACCAUCACUGUUGAAGUCUGGAACACAAAGACCGAGAUUCACACAAGUCAAGUUUUUACCCUUAAUGCUGAUGAAAUAGGUGAUACUAAAUAUGACAAUUUUUACCUUUUAUGCUGAGAAAAUAGGUGAUAAUAAACAUGACAAUUUUACCCUUUAUGCUGAGUAAAUGGGUGAUACUAAAUUUUACCCUAUAUACUGAUAAAAUAUGUGAUACUAAAUAUAACAAUUUUCACUUAAUUCUGAUGAAAUAAGUGAUACUAAAUAAUGACAAUUUUUCCCUAUGUGCCGAUGAAAUAUGUGAUACUGAGAAAAUUUUACCCUAUAUGCUAAUGAAAUACAUGAACUGAGAAGGGUUGCACUGAUUACCUAAUUACCAAUGAAUCGGCUACUAAGGCCCCUUUAAAAGGCAUUUCAAAUCUAUUUACAAAAUAAUUAAUCGACGACCGGGGCAGGGUGAUUAGCAGUCGAUUAAAUGGAAAAAUGUGUGUUAAUUUUUAUGAGAUUAAUAAUAUUUCUACACAAAAAAAAAUCACUUAAGGAUGUUGUCAAAACAUUUGACCUGAUGUCAAAAUAUUCGACCUGAUGUAAAAAUAUUCGUGCUCAUAUCGAAUAUUUCGCCUUGUCUAGGGUUGAUGAGCUGAAGAUCUUAGGGUUGCGACGAACUAUCUACGCGUAUGGUCAGACGACCAUUAGGAUCUCGAAGUUCCUCUAAUUAGCGCACUCGUACUCUAUCUUCGUCCAAGGCACUACACUCUGACUCCAUUAAAUAAUACUCUGAGCUUAUUAGCUUGAUCACAUAUAUCAUGUCAUGCAACAUCACCUACAAAAUCCGGAGAUACACAGCAGUUAUCACUAUUUCACAAAAUAGCUCUGCCAGACUCGGCAACACACCUCUUGUCCGUGACCAUAAUACAGCUCUCCCCUUAAAAAUAAUUCUCUCCCCUUGUACAACCUACAAUUCACACGACACCCGCCCAUGACUUGAAAACAUAACCCCAUUGUCACAACACACGCUGAAUCGUUGAUUCCAUGACCUUGAUAGAUGUUACAGACGUGAAAAUGGGUUAAGAGUUUCUUCUUCCGAUAAAAGAAUUCUGUUUUUUUUAACGAUUUUGAGUUAAUAUUGUAGAGAAGCGAGGCAAAUGUUUAAUGAUAAUCUUUAUGAAGAUACAAAUAUAUCGAAUUAUGAUAAUAUAUAAUAUAUUUAAAAGGGUAUUUUAACAUUUUUUUGGGGGUAAAUUCAAGGAAACAUUUUUACAGAAAAACAAAAUGUAGUUCAGGGGUGCGAAAAGGGGGAGGGUGAACCCCAAUAUUAUAUAGUAUAUAAAUAUUUCUAAACAAUGAUGCUAGAAAUGUAAACAUCAUUACAUAGAUACAUCUUUUUAAGUAAGAAAUUCUGAUUCAUUAUUUCCUAAACAUACAUCUCAAGGAAAUUGAAUAUUGUCAUUGUUUUAUUUGUUUUUACAUAAUGCAAAACAUCAAAACCUGUUUCAGUUGUAUACGUAAAAAUUAGAUUCUUGGUGUAGAGACUUCAAAAAAAAUGCCUAAUAUUAUUAUUCCGGUAACAUAGGGUCAUAUAUUCCAGAACUGAAAUAUCAUUCCAAAAAUGAAGUUAGAUAUUUUCUGUUGAAAAUUGACAAAAUACUGAAUGUUGCGCAUUGUUUUGCACACCAAAUUUUAUUGUGUGUUGAUGUCUUGUGGUUAUGCAGUCCUUGUGGAGUGCCCCAUGUUGGAUGGGACUCCAUAUUGUUCUCUUAAAAUUAAGUUGAACUAACCUUGAUGAUUGCCAUUGCUUGUUUCAUUAUCUUCCUUGUGAAGUUGGAUUAGCAACUUAUAUAUUUUGAAGUGGAUUAGCAACAUAAUAUUUUCAACAUUUUUAAUACUUUUUUCAAAGUACUUAAAAGAACAAUGUUUUCAUGAUAAUUUCAAAACCCUGGGGGAAAAAAAGUCUGUCAUGCUUGACAUGUUAACUCUGGUUAAACAAUUUCUGAAGGUGUAAAACUGUCUUUAGGACUAUUGUUUGAGGCCCGCAGGUAGGGUAUAACACUAUCAGUCGGCUUAUUUCUCAAAAUACCUGGACCCUGUGUAAAAAAACAAACUACACCUGGUUAAGCCCUAGUGUAAUAUAUUUCUUAAAGAAAAUUGUUUGAUUUAUGCACAGGCACACACACAAUCUGAACAUGAUAUUUGUUAAUCUGGCAUAAUGAGAACAUGAUUUUUGUUAAUCUGACAUAAUGAUAACAUGAUUUUCGUUCAUCUUAUGUUGCAGUUAAGCCAGCCCCUGUGAAACAUCUUUCAGUUAAAGUACUGUCACUGUCUGACCCUUGCCUUGAGUUGUCAUGGACUCAGGAAUCUCAUGGGCGAACAGUUUAUAGAAUAUCUCAGCAAAAGAAAGUAGAUUCCGAAUUCAAGGUUAGAUAUUCCUUUUUCUUUGUUGAUUCUUAUUUCGUAUUUGAUACUUACAAAUUGUGUGAUUGAUACUUACAAAUUGGGUAUUUGAUACUUACUUACAAAUUGUUUAUUUGAUACUUACAAAUUGUGUAUUUGAUACUAACUUACAAAUUAUGUAUUUGAUACUUACAAAUUGUGUAUUUGAUACUUACAAAUUGUGUAUUUGAUACUUACUUACAAAUUGUGUAUUUGAUACUUACUUACAAAUUAUGUAUUUGAUACUUAAAAAUUGUUUAUUUGAUCUUACAAAAUGUGUAUUUGAUACUUGAAAAUUAUGUAUCUGAAUUUUAAAAAGUAUACAUUAUGAAUAAUGAUGACAGACCGAUGAAAUUAAUAAUGAUAAUAUCAUAUUGAUGACAUGAUAAUAAUGAAAGGAUUGAUAACAUGAUACUGAUCACAUGAUAUUAAUGGCAGGAUAAUGAUGAUAUGAUAAUAAUGAAAUGAUAAUGAUGACAUGAUAAUGAUACCCUUUUCCUGCAAUACUAGGUCAUUACUGACAAUGAAACAAGCAACUCAUACAAGAUCUGUGAUUAUUUGCCAUUCUCAAAUUACUCAUUCUCUGUGGAUUGUCAUCCUCUAGACUUCAAAGGAUAUUGGAGUGAAUCAGAGAUUUUAAAUAAUUUUAGAACUCCUGAAAGAGGUACUAAUUUUAGACUUUAGGCAAGUAUUUUUAUUAGUGGCUAGGCCACUAUUUUAAACUAUAGGCCAGUAUUUGUAUUAGUGGCUAGACCACCAGUUUAAACUAGGCCAGUUGUUAUAUCAUUAAAUCAGUGGCUAGGUCACCAUUUUAAACUAUAGGCCAAUUCUUUUAUCAGUGGCCAGUCCACCAUUAUAAACUAUAGGCCAGUUCUUGUAUCAGUGGCUAGGCCACCAUUUGAAACUAUAGGCCAGUACUUGUAUUAGAGGCUAGGCCACUAAUUUAAACUAUAGGCCAGUACUUGUAUUAGUGGUUAGACUACCAUUUUUAAUAUGUAGUCUUUCACUAUAUAAGCAAUAGCAUCUUAAAUCUAUAAAGCUAUUGUCCUUUCCCAGCUCCAACGUCUGGCCCAGUAACAACAAACGGAAGUUAUAACACUUCAGAUUGCAUGAAUGGUCUUCGAAAUGUUACUGUGUACUGGCAGGUCAAGUAUCAAUAAUUUUAGAUGUUUUGUUUCUUUUAUUUUAGACUAUGGUAACACUAUAUUACUAUUUAAUUGAAACCUAAUGUUGGACUAUGGUAACACUAUAUUACCCUUUAGAUGAAACCUAAUGUUGGACUAUGGUAACACUAUAUUACCCUUUAGAUGAAACCUAAUAUUGGACUAUGGUAACACUAUAUUACCCUUUAGAUGAAACCUAAUGUUGGACUAUGGCAGACCUGUUUACUCUUACGAUUUUGGCGUACAAUGUACGAUUUAGAGGUGUAUAAUUAUUUGUACUGUAUGUUUAUUUUUUUACUUUUAAGAUGUAUUGAACGAUUUUGUGAUGAUAUUUUAUGAUUUUAAGAGUUUGAGGGUAAACAGGUCUGCUAUGGUAACACUAUAUGACCCCUUAGAUGAAACCUGCUGCCCAUGGUGGUAAAGUUACUGUCUACUGCCCAUGGCAGCAAUGUGACUGACUACUUCCCAUGGUGGUAAAGUGACUGUCUACUGCCCAUGGUGGUAAAGUGGCUGUCUAUUGUCCAUGGUGGUAAAGUGGCUGUCUACUGUCCAUGGUGGUAAAGUGACUGUCUACUGCCCAUGAUGGUAAAGUGACUGUCUACUGUCCAUGGUGGUAAAGUGACUGUCUACUGUCCAUGGUGCGAAAGUGACUGUCUACUGUCCAUGGUGCGAAAGUGACUGUCUACUGUCCAUGGCAGCAAGAUGACUGUCUACUGUCCAUGGUGGUAAAAUUCCCGUUCACUAGCGCUUGAUAGGCAGCAGUGAAAUCUCUCUACAUUUUUUCCUUUUUGGAAUGUGUUUCUCAAAUGUUAUUCCUCAAUAUAGCCAUUUUAAUUGUUUCUAUAGUUAAGUAGUUACUAUCCUAGUGUCUCAUUUUUAUUUUACUUAGUUUACAUGUUUUUAAUAAUUGUAAAGCGCUUAGAGAUUUAAGGUAAGCGCUAUAUAAAAAUGCAUAAAUAAAUAAAUAAAUAAAGUGACUGUCUACUGCCCAUGGCAAUGGUAGCAAGGUGACUGUCUACUGCCCAUGGUGGUAAAGUGACUGUCUAUUGUCCAUGGUGGUAAAGUGACUGUCUACUGUCCAUGGUGGUGAAGUGACUGUCUACUGUCCAUGGUGGUAAAGUGACUGUCUACUGUCUAUGGUGGUAAAGUGACUGUCUACUGUCCAUGGUGGUAAAGUGACUGUCUACUGCCCAUGAUGGUAAAGUGACUGUCUACUGUCCAUGGUGCGAAAGUGACUGUCUACUGCCCAUGGUGGUAAAGUGACUGUCUACUGCCCAUGGUGGGAAGGUGACUGUCUACUGUCCAUGGUGGUAAAGUGACUGUCUACUGCCCAUGGCAAUGGUAGCAAGGUGACUGUCUACUGUCCAUGGUGGUAAAGUGACUGUCUACUGUCCAUGGUGGUAAAGUGACUGUCUACUGUCCAUGGUGGUAAAGUGACUGUCUACUGUCCAUGGUGGUAAAGUGACUGUCUACUGCCCAUGAUGGUAAAGUGACUGUCUACUGUCCAUGGCAGCAAGGUGACUGUCUACUGUCCAUGGUGGGAAGGUGACUGUCUACUGUCCAUGGUGGGAAGGUGACUGUCUACUGUCCAUGGUGGUAAAGUGACUGUCUAUGGCCCAUGGCAAUGGUAGCAAGGUGACUGUCUACCGCCCAUGGUGCGAAAGUGACUGUCUACUGUCCAUGGUGGUAAAGUGACUGUCUAUGGCCCAUGGUGGUAAAGUUACUGUCUACUGUCCAUGGUGGUAAAGUGACUGUCUACUGUCCAUGGUGGUAAAGUGACUGUCUAUGGCCCAUGGUGGUAAAGUGACUGUCUACUGUCCAUGGUGGUAAAGUGACUGUCUACUGUCCAUGGGGGUAAAGUGACUGUCUACUGUCCAUGGUGGUAAAGUGACUGUCUAAUGUCCAUGGUGGUAAAGUGACUGUCUACUGCCCAUGGUGGUAAAGUGACUGUUUACUGCCCAUGGCAGCAAGGUGACUGUCUACUGCCCAUGGUGGGAAGGUGUCUGUCUACUGUCCAUGGUGGUAAAGUGACUGUCUAUUGUCCAUGGUGGUAAAGUGACUGUCUACUGUCUAUGGCGGUAAAGUGACUGUCUACUGUCCAUGGUGGUAAAGUGACUGUUUACUGUCCAUGGCAGCAAGGUGACUGUACUGCCCUUGGUGGGAAAGUGACUGUCUACUGUCCAUGGUGGUAAAGUGACUGUCUACUGUCUAUGGCGGUAAAGUGACUGUCUACUGUCCAUGGUGGUAAAGUGACUGUCUACUGUCCAUGGUGGUAAAGUGACUGUCUACUGUCCAUGGUGGUAAAGUGACUGUCUACUGCCCAUGGUGGUAAAGUGACUGUCUACUGUCCAUGGCAGCAAGGUGACUGUCUACUGCCCAUGGUGGGAAGGUGACUGUCUAUGGCCCAUGGUACAAGGUAAAGUGAUUUGGGUUAGUCGAACUAAACUCAUAUUAACUGUUGGAGCCUAAGAUAUAGUUUAUAUUGACUUGUUUUUUUUCUUCGAACGUUUAAUUGGUAUUGUGUACACAAGUUGGUUGAGAGAUAUUUCAUCAUAAAGAUCCCGAACUAAAAAUAUCAAUUAUAUUUCACUAGCUACAAUUUAAAAAAGCACAUUUGAAUUAUAAAUAUUGCCCACCUUCUUAUGUGUUCAGUAGUGACAUAGGCUCUCAACCUGAUUGUUGUGAAGUUAUAGAUAAUUCAACCCGGCCCCAAUAACUGGAAGUGACUUGGGCUCUCAACCUGAUUGUUGUGAAGUUAUAGAUAAUUCAACCCGGCCCCAAUAACUGGAAGUGACUUGGGCUCUCAACCUGAUUGUUGUAAAGUUAUAGAUGAUUCAACCCGGCCCCAAUAACUGGACAUGACUUGGGCUCUGACCUGAUUGUUGUGAAGUUAUAGAUGAUUCAACCCGGCCCCAAUAACUUGACAAAGCUGGAUAAAGGCUCCCAAUCUGAACCAAGCUGGAAGUUGUGUUAGACCAGUGGUUUUCAACCUUUCUAAAGCCGCGACCCUUAAAUACAGUUUCUCAUGUUGUGGCGACCCCCAACCACAAAAUUAUUUUCAUUGAUACUUUAUAACCGUAGAGCAUAUGUGUUUUCAGAUCGUCUUAGGCGACCCCUUUAAAAGGGUCGUGCGACUCACAGGUUGAGAACGGCUGUGUUAGAUAAUAGCAAAUGUUUAAGGAAUAACUGUGACCAAAAAAUCGUGUAUUUUGAGAUACUGGUUGACAAAUGGUGGUCAAACUAAUUUACUGCCCUUUGAAUCAUAUAUUAAGAAGAUGCUUGAUUACUUUGUUUCAGGAGGUAGAAGAGUUGUCUAGAAAUGGAAUCAUUGUUAGCUACUCUGUGAUGCACAAUGGCCAGGUUUUGACAAGAGUUCCAGCUGGCAUGUUCCAAGCUACAGUAGUUGUCCGAUGUACUGACUCACCCCUGAUGUUGAACAUUUCAGCACAUAAUGGAGCU